CACAUCCGUUACACAGAGAAUUUGUUUUAGCUUCUCAUGCUAUUCUACACAUUUUGCCUUGAGGCAGAGAAUUUUGUUGUUUUUGAAGCCAUUUUCCUGUAAUUCUAAACAUUUUUGCAGGGGAGCCUCGCAGGGGUGCAUCGUCCUACGCCACUGAUCCAGUAUUUAUACAUGAAUCACAUCUAUUAAUAACUUGAAAUUAAAGUUGUACUCAGUCUCAUUUUCACCUCAUGUAUUACCUGAUUUACUGAACAGAAGGCUCAUCUCAAUAGGUGGCCCAGGUAUCCUCAUGACAUCAGUGUAGCUGAAGUGUUAUGGAAACUGACAACCCAAGAUCAGCCAGUUGAGGACACCUGAGCCCCCCUUUGUACUGUGACUGUCUUGUACCACAAUGCUUGGCCUUCAGGGAAGUACCUCAUCCCCUAAAAUGUAUCGCUGUGUGGCUUGUUCAGCUACCUUUACUGGAUUGGCAUCCUUGUUGGUGCACCAAGCUUCUCAUGCUGUUCAAUAUGACAAGCAACCACCACAAUCUGAGAAGCAGAGUCUUUGCACUCACUGUGGUGAAGUGCUUUCAAACAAGGAGCUCCAAGACCAGCACUGCUGCAAAGCAGUACCUGAGACCCCGGCUCUCUCUCUUUUUAUCUGUGAUUGUGGGGAUGAGUUUCAGAACUUUAAUGAAAUGCUGGAGCAUAAAAGAUCUCAUGUCUCAACCCCCCAGCAGCAGACCCAGACGACUGAUGCCAAAUAUUUGAGCCAAGACGAAUGUAGUCUGGUUGAACCUGCCCAACCAGUCUCCCCUCAGCCAACCCUUAGCCAAACUAUUUUGGGCCUCAUUCCCCCCUCUCAUCCCUCACCCCUAUCUCCUGUCAUUCCUAGUUCAAUUCUCCCACAGCUUAACAGCACAUCCACUGUUCCUGAAGUCUAUACAAAUAAGGGGUUUAUUGCCCUAACCAGACCUCCAGAGCUGAACAACCUCCCUCCAGGUGCAAGUGAGCAAGAAUUACAGCCUGAUGGGCUUAACCAACCUGAGAACAUCUCUACUGCACAGGAACCCUCACCACAAUCUGUCCAGGAUGAGACUCCUGAGGAUGCAGACUGUCCUGUUACAAGCGGCGCAUCUUCAGAAGAUGCCUGCGCACCUAAAAAUGAGACAAUAAUGAAGAUGAUAGCAAAUGCCUACAUGAAACGUUAUCAACCUGCUCAACACUACCCAUUAAGACACAAGAGACUUGUGUUCCCCAAAAGAGAGCUUAUACCAGUGGAGGUGACGUCACAAUCCAAACAAACAGCAACAUCCACACCAGGGCCCUCUAUUGGCCAGUUAAGACACCUGCUUACAAACUCUGGUGCAAAGACAAUAGCCCGUCCAUCUGGCAUCAUAUCUUUGACUCAGACCUUCUGCCCUGUAGUAGUUCUUGAGACCCGCCAAAAGCUUAUUGAUUCUAGAAAUAGGGCCACACAGGGGAGAUAUCAAUGUGGCCGCUGCCGAAGUGUUUUUCAGGACUUGGACAGCUUGACAGUGCAUCAUGCCUUACACAGGAAGGAGAUAGUGAAGUGUUGUCGUCACUGUAAACAACUGAUGAUUGGAAAACCACCCCUUCCAGACAACCACAUCUGUCCCCUGGCUCCCCACCACCUUACCUCAGUGGGGAGUAAAUGCCACUCUAUCAAAAAGACUGCAUUAUUCCAGAAGCAAAAGAAGCAACAACCACAAAGAAUCUUCCAAAGUGUUAAAGCUAGGACACCUUACUUUUGUCAAGUGUGCAAGCACAGCUAUGCCCGUAGGUAUAAUCUCAAUGUGCACAAGUGUCAAGGGCCACCCCAUCCUCUUCAGCAUGCCUCCAACUCUGCCCUGUACAAAAAUACUGCAUUUGGGUUAAACAUUAAAGCAAGGGAGCCUGUCACAGGCGUCAACCAGAGGCCUCUAAUCUCCAAAACCAUCGGUGUGGGCACUGUCAGCACUCGUCAGAUAAAGGAGGAGGUGAUUUCUGCAGAAUCAAGGCCACAUCCUCAGUUUCCUGAUUUGCUCUGGUCUGGUUCACCUAAAAGCUUCUCAUCCUUCUAUCCCAAAGUUUCCACGCAUGUAACACCGGAAGAAAUUGAUUCAGGAUCUGCAACACUACAGCAAGGAGAUGGUGAAGGGGACAAUGCAGCAAGUAGUUUUAAACAAGAAGGUAAAGAUGGAGAAUGGACAAUGCCUUUAGAUGAUUCUGAGAUUGACGUGCUGAUUGAGGCAGUAGAUGCAGAAGACGACGAUGAUUUAAUGCUACAAGAACCUAUUCCUCAGGGUCAUGUCAAAUCCACAAAGGAUGGCGUGCCUUAUUUCAUAAAAGAUGGUGCUAGACGUUUUCCAUGCUAUAGAUGUCAGAAAACAUACAGUCGAGGGUGCACAUUAAAAAAGCAUCAAAGACUGUGUGGAAAUAGAUCAUUUUUGCCACAAUCUACCUUCCGGGCGGUAGCACAGAAAGUCAACAAGGGUCAAUUCCAAUUCGAUUGCUAUGUCUGUGGGAGGAGCUUUAACCGCAAAGAUAACAUGCUGAUUCAUAGGAAGAAGUGCCAGUUAAGUAGAACAGUGGCCAAGAAUGAUAAUGGACUUUUACAACAGGGCUUAUCAGCAGCCCAGGCACCACAACGUCUCGUGGCACAAAGUAGUAAAAAUCUGGGGGAUAAUGGGGCAAAUUGGGGUAUUAUGUCAUUGCCCAAUGUUCUCCCCAGGAGAGUGACAUGUGAGUGUGGGGCAGGCUUCACUAGCCCACGGCUCCUCCUGGAGCAUUUGCAAAAGCAUGCACAGGAGUCCUAUACCUGCCCCACAUGCGGUGAGACACUGAGUUCCUGGGCAGACUAUGAAGUCCACCUACAAGUGCACAUGCAGCCUCAGCACCAGAUGUAUGGGGGAAUGCAACAGCAGAGCUCUCCACCUCUACUGCUGAGGUUUCCACAGCAGCCGCGUCAAUGUCGGCAGGCCCUGCCAAAGCAGCGACAUGCGCCUCCGCAACACACACCGCCAGCACAGCGCCCUCAGCCAAAUCAACAACCUCUGCGGAAGCCUAGGAAGCCACAGCCGCGCUGUGUGUGCAUACGAUGCAGCAACACCUUUUGCAGUCGUGGCGCGCUGCUAAAGCACCUCUCCUGGAAUCGGUGUAAAGGUGACAGAGGAGCUAUUUCAGCGAAGGCAAACCACUGUUCCCGCUGCAGCAUGGACUUCCCCAAUGGCCUCAGCCUCAAGUUUCACCAGCUAAAUGGAAUGUGCAAGCCUGCCUUCAAGCCCAUGCGUUGCCCUGUGUGCGUCCGCUGGUUUGGCACUGUGGAGGGACUCCAGAAACACCUGCAAACACACGACCAGACCAACUCAUUUCGCUGCCUCAUCUGCCAGCGCCUCUAUCCCAGCCUACGGUCACUGAAAGACCACCGCAGGAAGGUCCAUUGCAUCUUGUCUGGAGACACAGAGCAGGUUACACAAUGAGAAUGAAUACUCUGAAAAUCAUAAUCCAACAGAACAUAUGAACAAUGAUUUUAGCAAAAUGUUUUUGCAAGAUCGGUUAUUGAUUUGAGGGAUUAAUUUUGUCUUGUGUAACCAUAUAUAAUCACUAUUGUACUAUACUACUUUGAUUCUAUUUUCACUGUCUUAUCAAUAGACUUUUCUUGCUCACUUGAACCUAUUUUAAUGGUCAUAGUUGUAAACUGUUGUAUUGUGCUGUAAAAUGCAAUGAUGUUUUUAGCUUGUUCUUAAAGGGAUACUUUGGGAUUUUGGUAAUGAAAUCCUUUAUCAACUUCCCCACUAUGAAGGAAGUUCGAGGUAGUUACCGUAGACUUCGUCAUUGUGCUAAUGCUAGUUAGCAACUUCCUUCAAACUGCACGCAGAGAUAUAAAAAAUGGUAUCGACAAGUUCAUCUGACUCUGGGAAGUAGAUUUUUAGGGCUUUAUUGCCAAAAUCCUGAAGUAUGCCUUUAACUCUUCAACCAUUAUUAAAAUGUACCACUUAUUGUUCAACUGCUAUUUUAGGUUGUGCAAAAAUGUUGAUGGUUAUAUCUUAGUGUGGUAGCUGUCAGUGCAUUGUGGAGAAAACAAUUAAGUGAAUAUACACUACAAAGUAUGUUGUGCACACCUGCUCGUCAAACUCCUCAUUCCAAAAUCAUGGGCAUUAAUAUGAAGUUUGUCCCCCCCCCCCCCCCCCCCUUUGCUGCUAUAACAGAAUAACAGAAUAGGCCUGGCUCGCAGUCGGCGUUCCCAUUUAUCCCAAAGGUGUUCAAUGGGGUUGAGGUCAGGGCUCUGUGCAGUCAAGUUCUUCUACACCGAUGUCGACAAACCAUUUCUGUAUGGACCUUGCUUUGUGCACGGGGGCAUUGUCAUACUGAAACAGGCAAGGGCCUUACCAAACUGUUGACGCAAAGUUGGAAGCCCAGAAUCGUCUAGAAUGUCAUUGUGUGCUGUAGCGUUGGUUUCCCUUCUUUGGAACUAAGGGGCCUAGCCCGAAACACAACAAAAACAGCCUCAGACCAUUAAUCUUCCUCCACCAAGAUUCGUCUGUCGGACUGCUAGAUGGUGAAGCGUGAUUCAUCACACCAGAGAAUACGUUUCCAUUGCUCCAAUGGCGGCGAGCUUUACACCACUCCAGCCGAUGCUCAGCAUUGCACAUGGUGAUCUUAGGCUUGUGUCCGGCUGCUCGGCCAUGGAAGCCCAUUUCAUGACGCUCCCGACUAACAGUUAUUGUGUUGAUGUUCCAAACUGCCUCUGGAAGCUCGGUCAUGAGUGUUGCAACUGAGGACAGGCUUCUUUUUUCUUCUCCCCUCCGCACUCCGGUUCCGUUCUGUGAGUUCGAUGUUUCCACUUCACAAUAAAUGCACUUACAAUUGACCAGGGCAGCUCUAACGGCAGACAUUUUACGAACUGACUUGUUCGAAAUGUGGCGUCCUAUGACGGUGCUAUGUUGAAAGUCACUGAGCUCUUCUGUAAGGCCAUUCUACUGCCAAUGUUUGUCUACUCUAUGGAGAUUGCAUGGCUGUAUGCUCAAUUGUAUACACCUGUCAGCAACGGUGUGGCUGAUAGCCAAAUCCACUAAUUUGAAGGGAUGUCCAUACUUUUGUGUGUGUGUGUGUGUGUAUAUAUAUUUGAGCACUUCCAUCAAAACAGAAAUGUAUAGGAAAUAGCAUGUAGUGUGUGUUGCUCCUUGUUUUAAUAAAGCCCCAUUCAUAGAUGAAA